UUAGCCAGGUUCAGGUUGGCUUAGUGAUCGUUUAGCGUUUCGCACCGAUAAGCCACAGGGCGGCCGUCCCGAGGCCCGUCCGAGAUUGCAGCGGAUUUGAGUGGAAGCGAUAGCAGUGCUGACAAUCGUUAACCGUGCUGCAUUCGUAGCCGGAAGUGCAAUCCGUUUCCGCGAAACUAGGUCCCAUCCCGAUCCGGGCGUUAUUGCGUGGUUAGUGUGGUGAUGACAAAAAAUGGCUACAAACACACACAUAUAGAGAAAGAUUCGCAUUAGUAGAAAACCAAACAAAAACAUAAAAUAUAGUUCACUACCUACUUUGAGUUGAGUUUGAGAGUGUUGGAAACAGUGCCCUCGGCAACCAGAUUACCGAUGGCGUCGAUUGUUGCUUGUGUGGAAUCGGAGUGGUUAUAAAAGAAACACAAUAAUAUACCCACCGAGGGGUGCACAACAUAAAGCGUAGAUUGCUGGAAAGAUGAAGAUGAUGGUGCUGUUCCGGCUGUUGCCAUGUUGGUUUCUAACUGAUCUCCCGCUGGACUCAUCCACCCAACCAGCACAAAAAAAAACCGUUCGUCCGGGUUGCUCCGGGUGAUCCGUUCAGGCUGUGACUCACUUGUGUAUGUGUGUAUGUUCAUGAGUGCGUGUGGGAAUGUUGCCUGGAUGAAUCAUUUAGUGAGGCGAAAAUAAACUUAUCCUAAUCCAGUCAGGAGUAUCCCUCCAGCGACCGAAAUGUUUGGUUUUUUUUAAAUGAGAUUUAGCUCCCAGUUUAUGCUCUCCAGAGUGAAAAACUCCAGGUAUAUGGGAGUAAAAAAAUAAAAUAACCCCAAACUGUCGUGAACUGUUGCCCUGUAUGUGUGUGUGUGUAUGUUUGUGGAAGAAAUAACGCUGGAACUCGCCUUUAACGUUCAUUCGGAACUGGUUAGACUUCGAGAGUUUAGGAGGUGAAAAUAAUAAAAUAUUCAAAGCGGCAAACAACAACGAAGCGCGAUGCGAGUGAUACAAAACUGAAAACAGAAGAACAGCGAGUCAAAGAAAAAAAAGACGCAGGACACAUCCCGGAAGUGGGAGUAGCAAUUUUCAUUUCUCCAAGGAUUUGCUCCAACAAAACCCAAAAGAACAGUUGGUGGAAGCAAAAUCCUUUUGCAAAGCGAACGGCAGGAAUAAAUAAAACCUAAAACAGUGCACAAACACGAACGACGACCAUACCAAAAAACCUGAAAGCUUUGAAGGUUAUCAAACUUAUCGGUGUAAGUGUGUGUGUGUGCAUACGGUAGUGUUAGAAAUUAUCCUUCCGGCAUCCAUUCUGUGAGCAAGUAACGUGGAAGACUCUCUAUCUAAAGCCCAUCUUUCCAUCGUGCAGGAAGAAAACGUGUAGUGUGUUAGCCCGUGUGUGUGUGUGUUAGCCAAGUUGCAUUAUACCACAGUGCAGUACGUGCUUGAAAGUAACGGAAGGCGCAUUUGCAUCCGGCAGGAAAUAAAAACCAAGUUAAAGCUGGCCCCCCAAACCCCCAAAACAUAGUGAGUUAAAACAGGAAGGAAGAACAGAAAACCGGAAAAGCAGCAAACUUUCCUUUGAUCAUGCAAAGUGGCAGGAUGAGUGUUCCCUUUACGUUUGCAGCAGCAGCACCUUGCCUGGGCAAGUAAAAGUGAGCAAAACCUAACCAAAAAAAUAAGGGUGUAGAAAAAAAAGCCAGUGAACCACCAUGCGGGUGGUGCGAAUGGGGCCGUCUGUGCAUGCGUGUGACCUUUACAGUGUCCCUGUGUGUGAGUGUUGUUUUCCAUCGGAGGGUUGCCAAUUGUGAGGCAGACGGCGACACCAAGUGCAUUCCCAAGAUGCAGUGCAGCGAAAGAUAGAAAGCACCUCGAAACGGUGGUUUUCUGGUGGAAAACGGUGCAAUUGGCCGUAUGCAAAUGGGGCGCCCAUUUCGCUAUCUUCGCGCACACUAUUCUCUCGAGUGAAUGCCCGUUUCAAUCGACAGUGUCAGUAAAACGAGCAACGAAAGCGCGAGCGCGCGCGCUUGAAAGUUGCGCGAAAGAGAAGUUACGGAAGGUUAGCACGGAAGAAAAACACUAAACCGGGCGUUCUUACCCUCUGUGCUCAACGGUUGCACACGAGUUGAAUGGCCGGAAGCGAGUGAACGUUAUCUGGCUCGACCGCCGUGCGAAAGAAACGAACCACCCAGGAAACAGGAAGCGGAACAGAUUACGGCCAACGAGAGCCGUACCCACGCGUGCGGAGGAACAACACGGAGUUUUUCCCUCCCCACGAGUGGAUGAGCGCAUUCAAAAUGACAAUGACGAAGGCACACAUAUUGUGCAUCUUGUGGAUGAUUAUUUUCUUCUGCUCGAGCAGCACAGUGAAUGCAGCACAACGAGAAACGAUCCCGAAGCAGCAGCAUACCACAUCAACGAAAGACAACAGCAACCAAGGGCAACCGAAUUUGCUAACCGGCAGCAGUAGUGGCAGCAGUAGUAGCACCAGCAGCAGUAGCAGUAGUAGUAGUAGUGUUAGCAGUAGUUCUAGUGUAAGCAGCAGCACGAGCACCAGUGCUGGCAGUGGUAGCAGCAGUAGCAGCAUAAGCACCACCAGCAGCAGCAGCGCAAGCGGUGCAACAGCCGGUGGUAGCAGUGGCAGCAGCAGCAGGCCAUCCCACGCUGAAACGACGGCCCUGCCAACGGAACAGUCCCGUGUAGGACCGUAUUUUGACGUUGCCGCCUCGAAGAACGUUACCGCGCUGCUUGGCAAAACCGCGUAUCUCAACUGUCGGGUUAAAAAUCUCGGCAACAAGACGAUGUUGCUGCAGGUGUCUUGGGUCCGUCACCGGGACAUUCAUCUACUGACGGUUGGCCGGUACACGUACACCUCCGAUCAGCGGUUCCGGGCGAUACAUCAUCCACACACGGAAGACUGGAGCCUGCAGAUCAAGUACCCGCAGCAUCGCGAUUCCGGCAUCUACGAGUGUCAGAUUUCGACGACACCCCACAUGAGCCACUUCGUGCAUCUGAAUGUAAUCGAACCGUCGACGGAAAUAAUCGGCGCCCCGGAUCUGUACAUUGAGAGUGGAUCGACGAUAAAUUUAACCUGCGUCGUUAAGGAUUCUCCCGAGCCGCCAGCUUACAUUUUCUGGAAUCAUAACGAUGCGAUUAUUAGCUACGAUUCACCGCGCGGUGGCGUCUCGGUCAUAACCGAAAAAGGUGACACGACAACCUCGUUCCUGCUCAUCCAGAACGCUCGGCCAUCGGAUUCCGGACAGUACACGUGCAAUCCGUCCAACGCCAAAAGCAAAAGUGUCACCGUGCACGUCCUAAACGGUGUUUCCCAUUCCGUUUCCAGGGGAGUACCCAGCAGCAAUGCAGCGCGCGGGACAACCGCAUCAUCGCACGCCACUCAACCAUCCGCUUUUGGUGCUGGCAUCGGCGCUUGUCUCGUACUGGCUCUGCUCCAUCGGUAUGCUGCGGCUUCCGAGCCCAUCCGGUGGCCCGAACCGCAUCAGCUCGCCGCAGCAGCCAAGCAUGUCUUUCGUUUCGUCGUAGUUUGCUUGCACCGCAGCGUACUAAUAUGCGUCGCCACUAUCGCACGCACCCGGCUGUGCUGCGGGACCCGCUGGUCCGCGCUGAUGGCGCGCCUGAGGCUUCCCGCGCACCGCCGUCACCCACUUCACAUCGCUCCGCACCGAACGUGCCCUCCCACAUCAUUGGCGUCGCUUGGCGACGGCUUUUCCGCUUCAUCUCAUCGCUGCGAAAGGCAGGGAAAGGUGACCGCACACGCACUACACUGGCAUCAUCACAAUCACCGAUGGCGGACCGAUCCUGUCACACUCGUGCUAGACUAUCGAGCGUGUGCGUGCUUCAGUCAAACGUCAAGCUCGCUGUGCGAUCGGCGAUUAAAGCUAGCGGACGAAGGACGAACGAUCUGCACCGUUCGAUGAGGGCGGUACUUCUUUUCUGUACACCUUAACAAAAAUGCACACACACAACAAUAACACUGCAGGCACUCUUUGUUAUCUUUCUUUAAAGACCCAUUGUCCUUCCAGCCAGCCACCCUUUCUCGUGCUGUUCGAUAUUGAAACGAUUAUUUCCUUCACGUGAGAUCAUGUAGAUUCUAAACGGUGGCUAAUGUUAUAGGCACAAACACAAAUCCACACACACACACAGAAGAAAAAAACGUGAGAAGAAGGAAAAAAACCCGAUCAAAAACUUACUCGAUCCGACUGGAUGCAGCGUUACGCAUUACGGCAGUAGAUGAAAUAUUCCCCCCCAAAAAAAAGGCAGUAACAGUGUAAUUACACACUCAUGUGAAAAUAAUGAACCCACACCGACAUUACAAACUCACCACACUCUGCUGGUGUAGCUGUAAAUUUACUCUAGCAAACAGGCAAAGGACAUGCACACAUUCAAGCUCCAUCUAAGGUAGAUACGAAUGAGAAUACUUCAAACCAUUUAAUCAUACUCACUAAUUGUGAGGAUAGACAGGUGAAUAAAAAGAUUUAAACGAAAGAAGAAGAAAAACACAAACACCCACACACAUAAUGCCGAAAGUAACUGCGUGACCUAAAAUGAUCGUUCGACAGUACAUGCUUAUGAACGUAAAGUGACCGAUGGCCCCUAGAGAAGGACAGUGGCUGACGAAGCGUAAGGUAAAAAAAAUGGGUAAGGAAAAGGACAACAUACAUUAACAUGUAAGUUAAGCAAAAAGUCUGUUAAACUGAUUUAUCUUUAGGUAUCUCUUAUAUAAUAGUAUAAAGUAAGCAGAGCAAAAACAUUCGCGUGACCGCGUGUUGCCGUCAUUAGGAUAAUGAAAGCGUCACCAUCGGCAGAUACUGGCGAUGUGGACGUUAUAAGUACAUUUUAAGAACGGCCAGAUUCCAUGGAACAUGGAACAGGUUGAAUGGAUGAAGCUGCUAAUGUGAACGGGAACGAUAAGGUAGACACAAAAACCAGCGAUCCAAGUGAGAGACCGACUUUAGAUAAAAUAAAAUUAAACACAGAAACAAAACUCAAAAAAAAACAACCCCCGCUAGUCACAUCAGCCACCCCAUCCCGGAAGUGGAGCAACGCAAAAAAACUGCAACAAUGAAAUAAAAAACCCAAGUCCUCCAAUACGAAAAGCUAAAAAAUUAUCUCACGAAAACCUGUUGGGAGUUGGCGGGGUGGGGGGUGGAAGUAAUUUACUAUUACGGAAAUGAUUUUAGGAUCGAUUCGUAACGCUAGUAGCUAACACAUGGUCAAACCGAUGGACAGUAUCAAAGAUGCGACAUGGUGCGACACCAACGAGAACGAAAAAACGGUUAAUUCAUUGCUUUUGUUAAGUGUUGAACAUCAACAAGCACUCUAGACAAUUGGUAGGAGGAGAAGAAGGGUGGUGAGAAAACAAAAAAAAGGUAAAAAAUGCAGUGCAGGGGAAUAGAAAAGUUAUUAAGUUAAUUUUAAACACUCGUUAAACUAUGAUAAAAUAUAAAGAAAAACCAAAACGAACAAAAAAAAACCAUACAAAACAAUGCAAAAGGCGGGGGGCAACAUGAUCGAUGACAUCACACGAAAUAUUAUUGGAAUAAUUGAGUGAUAUUUUUCGUAUUUCGAACUAACCCACACACACCCGGAACGCUCAAUGCGUCGAAUGCUGGGGAAUGAUGGAUGUGGUAAACUGUAACAAUUUGCGGUUAAAUUGUGGAUUUUUAAAAUCUAUCUCACUUCCACAUCUUUCCAUUACACAGCGCAUGGAACAACGCAGAGAAGAACAUUCGAACAGGAAAGAAAAGAAAUCAAACAAAAGAUACAACAAAAAAGACACACACACAAACAAAUUCACCCAACCAUAACCGUAUCCAGCUGAAAAUAGUAAAUGAAAAGAUUUAAAUGACAUAAGUAAUGGAGGAAAGUCCUUUUUUCCUUCACACAUCUCUCCGGGUGCGCCGUGGUUGACGCGGUGUUGACGCUUUGCAUCGAACAGAAACGAAAUACGAACCGAGGUGGCAGUGAAACUGUCCAAUGGGAACCCCAUAACCCAUGCAGCGGUUCGAACACUCAUUACUGGCCAGCAUAUGAGCGUUCAAAUGACUGGAGAGUAAAACAACACACAAAAGAAAACCCAAAAACACACCCACACCCAUACGCAUAGAAAGGGUGAAGAUCUGUGAAAUGGAAAAUAGAGAGAAAGAGAGAGGGUGGAAAAAAAAUCAUGUUUUCAUUGCUGCCAGCCUGGGCGGUGAUGAAAUUAAUCAGAAUCAAACUGACUCUGAAGCGCAGAACAGAUGAACAGAUGAAUAUAUGCACUUGUAACCGUUUCACCGAACCGUGUGGGUUUAAAAUAGUGCAGCGUUGGCAGUGAGAGAAACGAGAGUAAGAGAGAGAAAAAAAACAAUAUAUGAUAAAUGAAUGUACAAAAUAAUGGAAAAAUAUAUAUGAAAUAAAACCUUACAAACAGUGA